ACAGCGUAUGAAACGAGAUGCAGUCGUGGCGCAUGCGUAGUGUUUUGGCCGGGCAGGAACUGCUACUGGGUUCUCUAGUUGUCUUGCUUUUUUCCCUCCCCCCUAUCCCUUCUAUUUAAUUGCUCUGCCGCCGGGUUCCAUGUCACCGACUUUGAGCCCAGCCUGUAUACGUUGCCUGGCCGGUAAUGGUGAGGACCCGGAUCCAGCGGCUGCUGACUGGAAUCAAUAGGAGGAUGAUGAAGCUGCUCAUUGCACUCGCCUUGAUCGCCUAUGUAGCCUCUGUUUGGGGAAAUUUUGUCAAUAUGAGUAGGUCAAUUCAAGAAAACGGGGAACAGAAAAUGGAGAAAAAAAUAGAAGAGGUCAUUGCUCCUUUGAGAGAAAAGAUACAAAAUUUAGAAAGGAGUUUUACUCAGAAAUAUCCACCUGUAAAAUUCUUGUCAGAAAAGGACAGAAAAAGAAUACUGAUAACUGGUGGUGCAGGCUUCGUGGGCUCUCAUCUUACUGACAAGCUAAUGAUGGAUGGGCAUGAGGUUACUGUUGUGGACAAUUUUUUUACGGGCAGAAAAAGAAAUGUGGAACACUGGAUUGGGCAUGAAAAUUUUGAACUUAUUAAUCAUGAUGUUGUUGAGCCACUUUACAUUGAAGUUGACCAGAUAUAUCAUUUGGCUUCUCCUGCUUCUCCUCCAAAUUACAUGUAUAACCCUAUCAAGACCCUUAAGACCAACACCAUUGGAACACUUAACAUGUUGGGCUUGGCAAAGCGUGUUGGUGCUCGGCUACUCCUGGCCUCUACUUCAGAAGUCUAUGGAGAUCCUGAAGUGCAUCCUCAAAGUGAAGAAUAUUGGGGACAUGUGAAUCCUAUAGGUCCACGAGCCUGUUACGACGAGGGGAAGAGAGUGGCGGAAACAAUGUGCUAUGCUUACAUGAAGCAGGAAGGAGUAGAGGUUAGAGUGGCUCGAAUAUUUAAUACCUUUGGCCCUCGCAUGCAUAUGAACGAUGGCAGAGUUGUCAGCAACUUUAUUCUUCAAGCACUCCAGGGUGAACAACUAACGGUCUAUGGUUCAGGAGAACAAACAAGAGCCUUUCAGUAUGUCAGCGACUUGGUAAAUGGCCUUGUUGCUUUAAUGAACAGCAAUGUCAGCAGCCCUGUGAAUUUGGGAAACCCACAAGAACACUCAAUUGUACAGUUUGCCAUAUUAAUUAAGCAGCUUGUUGGUAGUGGAGGUGAGAUCAGCUUUCUAUCAGAAGCUCAAGAUGACCCUCAAAGGCGAAAACCUGAUAUCCGAAAGGCCAAGCUGUUACUUGGAUGGGAACCUGUGGUCCCACUUGAGGAAGGCUUAAACAAAACUAUCCAUUACUUUAGAAAGGAGCUUGAACAUCAAGCAAACAAUCAAUACAUCCCCAAACCGAAGCCUGCAAGAGUAAAAAAAGGAAGAACGCGAAAUAACUGAACACUUUCAUUAAAGAUGACUCUCUUGUCAAGAUACUGGAUGUAAAAAUUAUUCCUACCCCUCUUUGGGUUUGUCAAAUAAAAAAAAAAAAAGACUUGAGAGGUGUCAUGAAGACUAAAACUGGAACUUCCCAUGAAGCUUGCUUUAAACGAAUGGAUGUGCCUAAAAACUAAAAAUGAGAACUGCAAACCUUGCCUUGCACUUUUUAAACCCAUCUUUAUAUGUACAUUAGUGUAGGAAAUACCUGGGAGUCUGAGUUUUUUUUUUUUUUUUUUAUAUCCUUGCUGUGACUUUCUUUUGCCAUGGUCCUAGGACAGUGACCACCUUUCUCUGUUGCUGGGGGUCUGCAAAGCCUUAGCACUCCGUCCCAUUCAGACCCUUUCAAAGGGGUGAACGGGGCUUCAAUUACUGGUUUCUUUUUGAAGCUGAAGAUGAAAUUAAACGAGAUAGAGAAUUAAAUUUUUAUUUAUAUAUGUUUAAAGAAGUUAUUUGUACUCCUUAAGUCAGAUAUUCUAUGCAUAUAAAGUACAGGUAUUGUCAGGUGUAUUUCACCGGCAUAUCAGCCUGCCUAGUUUCAACCUCUUCGAUGAUAAGGAGUAAGAGGUCUGGAGAUUUAAACUGAAGAUACUGCUACGUGUGGCUCAUCAACUGUUGCUCGACUAAAAAUGUCUUUCCGCAGAUUUUUAGGAGGCUAGAAAGCUGCAGGCUACAGAUGCAGCUAAUAAAGACAAUUUCUUAAAUUCUUUAAAAACGUUUGUUUUCCUUUAUGGUUUCAUCUAGCUGUACAUUUGAAUUUUGAAAAUGAGUUGCUAUAAAUAAGAAUAUUUUGGAUCACUAUUGUGUUAUCGUGUACUCUUGGAUAAAAAAUAAAGUAUUAUCAGUUUCUGGUGGUUGAAUAUGCUAUUUUAAUAAAAUACUAAAAUGUGA